AUGGGUCGUCCAGCUGUGUCUGUAAAAGUUAAGGAAGAGGAAAACAAUUCGGUUGAUACGAACAUCAAUGUGUUAUCAGCAAGAAAACGGAAACCACGAAUGUCAAUCAAACGAGACGAUUUGCACAAACAUCGAAAGAAUAUCAAACAAGUGCUGCUUUGCUCGAACGCUACCCCCAUCAGACGCAAUGGAGACAUGGGCUAUAUGUGCUGCUUCUGUAAGGAGCAAUAUCGAGAUCCUGCUAAUUUAAAGCAGCAUACAUUAGACUACCAUAAAGAUAUCGAAAAUGCAUUUUUUAUGAAUGUGACAAUGGAACGGUUUGCUGUCAAAUUAGAUAUUACCUGCUUAAAAUGUCCCCACGAAGAGUCUACUUUGAAAGUAUCUAGCGCAGUUAAGACAGAAGAAAUUGGUGCUGAUGGUAGAAAGGUUAAUUCAACAUCCAAACAAAACGUACUUGUACCUGUAGAUCGGCAGGAAAUAUUUAAACAUCGGAUAAAUAUAACAAAUAUAUUGCUUUCUUCUAACGCUACGCCUAUAAGACGUUAUGAAGAUAUGGGUUAUAUGUGUUGUUAUUGCAUCGAUCAAUAUCGAGAUCCCGCAGACUUAAAAAUACACACAUUAGAAUGUCAUCAAGAUGUGCAGCAAGCUUAUUUUAUGAAACUGGGAAUGGAGGCAUUUGUCGUCAGGUUAGACAUAACAUCACUUCGGUGCACAAUUUGUAAUGCGAGUAUGGAGACCCUAGAGAAACUGGUUGAGCAUUUAAACUCCGAUCAUGAGAUAGAAAUUUUCACUGACGUAAAAAGCCACAUAACACCAUUUAAAUUCAUCACAGAAACUCUGCAAUGUUGCAUUUGCACGCAUACUUUCAGUAAAUUUAAAUCGCUGCUAGAACAUAUGAACAUUCAUUACAGGAACUACAUUUGUAAGCAGUGUGAUGGUGGGUUUACUGUUAUAGCUAGUUUGAGAGCCCACAUGCACGUACACGAAAGUGGCAAUUUCAAAUGUGAACAUUGUUUAAAAUCAUUUGAAACCGCGUCUAAGAAAAGAGCCCAUGAGAGAGCUAAGCAUGUACAUAAGCUAGACGUAUACAAGUGUGGGUAUUGCAAUGAAACCUUUAGUGACCACAGAUCUAAGGAAGAACAUCUGGUGUCGAUCCACGGAUUAAAAAUGCCCAUAUCUAAAUGUCUGGCAUGUAACAAAGUCUUUAGUAAUAGACAAGCUUUACGUGUUCAUGUAAAGAGAGACCAUUUGCUGGAAAGACGACAUAACUGCCCAGACUGUGAUAUGAGUUUUUUCAACGCCAAUGCGCUCCAGAGGCAUAUUAUAAAACAUACAAAAUUACGAACUUACAAGUGUGCAGUUUGCUCAAAAGGUGGUCAUCCGGUUGUAACGAUCAAAGUAGAGAGAGACCACGAACCAGAUAAUCCCAAAGAUAAAGAAACCGUUUCAACAGCCACAAAGACCUCACAUAUGCCUCUCAAAAUAAAGGAUAUCUUUAAGCAUAGGACAAAUAUAAAAGAAGUAAUGCGUUGGUCUAAUGCUACUCCUAUUAGACGAGUUGGAGAUAAAGGUUAUGUGUGUUGUUAUUGCAAUGAUCAGUACUUGGAGCCUGAAGGAUUAAAGAAACAUACUUUAGAAAAUCACAACGACGUUCGAAAAGCUUUCUUUAUUAAACAUUUGUCUAAAGAUCGAUUUAUUGUCAAAUUAGAUAUAACGUCACUAAGGUGCAACAUCUGUGACCAAAAUAUCGAUUCAUUGGAUAAGUUUUUGAAGCAUCUGAAAAUAGACCAUACGAAAACAAUUUACACAGACGUGAAAAAUCAUAUCGUCCCUUUCAAGUUUACUACAGAAACACUCCAAUGUUGUAUUUGCACAAGCUAUUUUGAUAAGUUCAGAAUGUUACUCGAACAUAUGAACACGCACUACAGGAAUUAUGUCUGUGAUGUUUGCGAUGUAGGUUUCGUAAAUAGCAGCGGCCUUCAGACUCACAUGACUGUACAUAAUACUGGUAUCUUUAAGUGCGGAUAUUGUGCUCGAAUUUUCGAUAAGCUUAGUAAGAAGAAAACUCAUGAAAGGACCACACAUUCUCUAAAACCAAACUUUCGUAAAUGUGCGUAUUGUAAUGAAUCCUUCAGUGAUUUUAGAUUGAAAGAGGCACAUUUGAUAGAAAUGCAUGGUUUAAAAGUGCGUACACCCGAAUGUCAAGCGUGUGAAAAAGUUUUUAAAAGCAGGAAGUCGUUGAGCCUCCACAUCCGAAGAGAUCAUUUAAUGGAAAGACAGCAUAAGUGUCCAGAAUGCGACAAAAGUUUCUUCGAAUCUGCUACACUCAAAAUUCAUAUGAUUAAACACACAGGAGUACGGUCAUUUAAAUGCAAUAUUUGCUCAAAGGCUUUCAGUAGACCGAAUGUUUUGAGGCAGCAUAUGAACAUACACGAUGAAACUAGGAUGUUUAAAUGUGUUCAGUGUGAAAAACCGUUUGCCCAAAAUUGUGCCUGGAAAAGUCAUAUGAAGAUUAAACACGGAAGUCGAGUAACAGUCAAAGCGAAGAUUCAAAGAAACCAACCGGAUGAAGUAGAACAAAAAACUGUUACUCGAAAAACCAGACAAACUUCAAUAAUGCCAUUGAAAACUAAGUCUUUGCCUAAACAUCGUGCAAAUAUAAAAGAAGUUAUGCUCUCCUCAAACGCUACACCAAUAAGACGUUUUGGAGAUAUGGGGUUUAUGUGCUGUUACUGUGAUGAUCAGUACCUAGAACCAGCGGAAUUAAAACAACAUACAUUAGAAACUCAUCCAGAUAUCCGAAAAGCUUUCUUCAUUACGAAAUUAGGGAAAGAUCGAUUCGUUGUCAAAUUGGACAUAACUGCACUACGAUGUAAAAUCUGCGAUCGGAACAUCGAUACCUUAGAACAGUUAAUGCAUCAUCUCAGGGUCGACCAUCAUAGAACAAUAUACACCGACAUUAAAAACCAUAUAAUCCCGUUUAAGUUCAUAACAGAUACGUUACAGUGCUGUAUUUGUAUGAAUACGUUUAGUAAAUUCAAAAUGUUACUCGAACAUAUGAAUAUACAUUACAGAAAUUACAUUUGCGAUAUUUGCGACGUAGGUUUUGUUAAUGCUGUCAAUUUAACUAAUCAUAUGCUCACGCAUGAGAAUGGAACAUUCAAAUGUGAUCAUUGUUCCCAAGUGUUUAACACAAAGAACAAGAAACGACUACACGAAAGGAAGCAUGGCUUUAAAACGUUGCUUUUUAAAUGUGGCCACUGUAGUGCUACCUUCAACGAAUACAGAAAGAAAGAAGCCCAUUUGGCUUUAGAGCAUGGACAAGCAUACAAGUGCCAGGCAUGUACUCCAGCAGACACUGUCAAUGUGUUUACAGAAGAAAAUCGAUCCGAUAAUACAGAAAGCAUAAAACUUACACUUUUACCAAUCAAUGAGGGUAUAAAUAAACAUAGGACAAAUAUUAAAGAAGUAAUGCGAUGGUCAAACGCCACGCCUAUAAGGCGGUACGGAGAUAUGGGUUAUACAUGCUGCUAUUGCAAAGAACAAUAUUUAAAUCCCGCAGAUUUAAAGGCACAUACAUUAGAAAACCACAAGGACAUACAAAAAGCUUUCUUUAUGAAAUACAGAAUGGACCGGUUUGUCGUAAGAUUAGAUAUAACCGCAUUAGAAUGUACAAUUUGUAAUCAGUAUAUCGACACUAUCGAAGAACUGUUGGAACACCUUAAAUCUCAACACAGAAGACCAAUUUACACCGAUAUUAAAAACCAUAUCAUUCCAUUUAAAUUCGUCACGGAUAAAUUACAAUGCUGUAUAUGUGUAAACACGUUUAGUAAAUUUAAGAUGCUCAUAGAACAUAUGAAUAUACACUACAGAAAUUAUAUAUGUCAAAUUUGCGAUGUUGGCUUUGUUAAUUCUAUGAAUUUUUCGAGCCACAAGCUAAUACACAGUACAGGUACAUUUAAAUGUGAUUACUGCCCUCAAAUACUUGAUACUAAACUAAAGAAAAAAUCGCAUGAAAGGGCUAUUCACUCUCCAAAAGCGCCAUCAUUACAUAAAUGCGGAUAUUGUAUUGAAACUUUUAGUGAAUACAGAAAGAAGGAGGCACAUUUGGUAUUAAUGCAUGGGUUGAAGAUACCUACCGUGAAAUGCGAAGCUUGUGAAAAAAUAUUUAAAAACAGGCAGUCAUUAAGCGUCCAUGUGAAAAGAGACCAUUUGCUGGAUCGACGACAUAAAUGCCCUGAAUGUGGCAAAGCUUUCUUUUCUACGGGCCAUUUGAAAGAUCAUAUGAUCAAGCACAGUGGUUCUCAGGCUCAGUUUAAUUGUCCCGGAGGGGAAACUAGAAUGAUCGAAAUAGAAAGGCCCACAAAAACGAGUGUCGAACCGAAGGUACAUUCAAAACAAUCAACGGCUAAGGGUAAUACCAUAAAGGGUUACGUGUCAGAGACAGCGAAGAACAAGCUGAAUUUGACGCAUAUUUUGCUCAAUUCUAACGCCACCCCAAUACGAUGUAAAGAUAGCUUAGGUUACGGCUGCACAUUUUGCUUAAAAAAGUUUCCAGAACCUACCACACUUAAGAAACAUUUCCUCGACGAGCACAAUAACGAUAAAUUAUUAAAAUAUAUAUCUGCGAAAAUGCUAGAACAUGUCAUAAAACUUGAUAUAACUUACCUAAAAUGCACCCUUUGUGAAAAAGAGAUUGCAAAACUCGACGAUUUUACGUUUCAUUUGAAACAUGAACAUAAGAAAAAUAUGUACUUGGAUGCAAAAACUCAUAUCGUUCCGUUCAGAUUUGAUACACCAGAAUUGAAAUGCGCUAUAUGCCCCACUGAGUUUAGCACAUUUAAACUAUUACAGGAACAUAUGAAUUCUCACUUUGGGAGUUACGUGUGUGAUAUAUGUGGCGCUGGCUUCGUAACAGACAGACUUAAGGUUUGCCACGUGAAGCGACAUAGCAGCGGCGAGUUCAAAUGCGAUCACUGCGAUAAAACAUUUAAUAAUCAAAUUAAAAGACGAGCGCACGAAAAAAGAAUACAUCUCGGUUUCAGUGCUAGGAACAAAUGCAAAUUUUGCUCAGAACGAUUUGAUGAUUAUGGAAAAAAGAUGAGGCAUAUGGUCAAAGAACAUGGGGUAGCACCAGUUGUUUUGAAGUGUACAGCUUGCGACCGCACUUUUAAUAGUCAGAAAUCGUUGUCACGCCACACAAGGAAAGAUCAUCUUUUGGAGCGAAAACACAAAUGCAGUGAGUGUGAUAUGAGAUUUUUUGGUAAAAGUAGUUUAGAGAAGCAUAUGACCAAACACACUGGGCUAAGACAAUUCAAAUGCGACAUUUGUUCAAAAGCAUAUGGACGGAAAAAUACCUUAAGAGAACACAUGAGAAUACACACUAAUGACAGAAGAUUUUCAUGUACACGUUGUGGACAAGCUUUUGUGCAAAAAUGUAGUUGGCGAAGUCAUAUGCGUUCAAAACAUGGAGAGGACGUGUAG